CCGUCGUGAUGGUGGCGGAUCGUGCACGCGCUAAAACGGUAAUGGCUGCCCUGGAUCGGCGGAUUUCCAUCCUUGACUAUGUAGGGCAAGGCUGGGCCGCUUGGAUCGACAAAGCUAACAUAUCCACGCCGGACGGGCCCUCUCUGGAAGAGUGCAGCAAAAAUGUGAAGAAACGGAUGGAAACCAUGACUCUCAAGAAAGAGGACAUGUCGAUAUAUGGCCACUGCCCAGCACAUGACGACUUCUUCCUGGUGGUCUGCAGCCACUGUGGGCAGGUGGUGAAGCCUCAGGCGUUUGAGAAGCAUUGUGAGCGUCGACAUGGACCUUUUAGCAAGCUCUACGGCACACCAUCCAACUGUUCUCCAGACCGACCCCAACAGGGGAGACCUCCAUCCUCCCAGCACGGCAGCCUCUGUGAGGGUCAAGAUGGCAGGCACCAGGGGGCUGGACCUCCACGAGUCCCACCACCUCAUUCUCCACACCAGGGACGCCCCAAACCACAGAGGGAAGCGCCCAGUCUUCAGCCAGUGGAUAAAGUUCCCCACGUAAAGCCUUCAUCACCUUCAGAUUUGCCCACCCCACCAAAAAAAGCACUUCCGUCUGCUGAAAAACAAAUAAUACAGAAGGGUUUGGAUCCACAUGGGCCAAGAACAUACAGCAGAACCUUCAAGAAAGUUCUUAAGAAAGAAUGUGACGUGAACAAGCACUGCGGGGUGAUGGAUCCUGAGAGAAAGAAAGUGUGCACCAGACUGCUGACCUGUAAUAUUCAUUCCAUCCAUCAGCGCCGGCAGGUAGUAGGGAGGCGUAAACCCUUUGACCAGCUUGUAAUGGAGCUGAAGAUGAGCUCAAAGCCUCGAGAGCGACCGCCUCUGCCCAGAGAGAUUCCCGACGGAGGGUCUGUCAACCAUGAGACCCCUGCGCCACAGACUGGGCCUCUGCACUACAAAUGCCAAAUCACUAACUCUUCUAUUCUCAGGUCAGUUAAUCUAUCAGAGGGUGUUGUGGAGGUGAAGGAGGAAGUGAUGCGCUCAGAGGAGACACAGGCGGAGUCUCUCUCAGCUGCUCUUUCCAGUGAAGAGAGUGAUGGGGAAAACCGUGAGGAGUUUGCUCAUCUCCCAGCAAGCACCUUGCAUCCCAAACCUCUAGGCCUUUGCACGUUCGGGGCCCGUGUUCUUGGUCGCAGCGUGUUGGCGUUUGACCGACGGUUGCUCCACUUGCGGUCAGCUUUUAGUGUCAUGAUGGAGCAGCACCUCAGCACUUAUCUGUGGAAGAAACUCCCUCAGGUGUCAGAACUAUGUUCUAAUCAACAGCAAGUCACCUACAAUUCCCAUGAUUCCACGCGCAGCUCAGCGCCCAUCCACAUUGCCUCUACUCUCAGGACAAGCACCUCAGGACAAUCAGAGCCCGCAAACCUAAAAGCCUCCUCCAAACGACCAACAAAAGCCCAGUCAGCCUCAGGCCCUGCCCGGCCACGUCAGACCAGCAAACAGGCCAGUUUACAGACCAGUUUCAGGGAGCUCCAGACAGACAGUCCAACAGCCAGCAAGCGGAGGAAAUCUCCCAAAGAGGACAAGGACUCAGCUGGACAGUCCAAAAUCCUGUUCGUCCCACACCAAAGGGACCACCAGUCCUCCUUGAUUUCCUCACCACAUGGACUGUUCAAUGGGACACACCCAUCCAGCAGCAAGACACGCCCACCUGAAACUAAGGGGCGGGUUAUGCAAAACCCCGCCCUCAUUUCCGCCUCCUCUCCCUCUCCUGAGUGUGAAAGGGGAGGUUCCUCAGGGCUCAGUCAUAGGGCUGAUGGGUUUGAGCUUAAAGGCAGAAAGCGCAAGACCAGCGGUGCCUCUCCACCCAAAAACAGUUCAUGUGCUCCUAAAGCCAAUAUCCUCUCGCCCCUCUCCCAAACUCACUCCGGCCUGGUGUCCUGGGGUGGGGAUGGCAGACCCGGAUCAACCUCCCACAGUCUAACAAAGAAACUGGCUCCACAGAAGCCAAAGCUUCUUCACUGAGGGAGUCUGCCUUAAACUCCUCCAGAAGCACAGGCUCACUGCCAUGUAUUUGCCAUAGACUUUAUGCACAGGAUGGUGAAAACGUCUGAAGCUUACUGUCGGAGGACGGAUCUGUAUGUAUGCAUGUAUGUGUGUAAGGAUGGAUGGAUGCGUGGUUUGUAUUAUGAAUUUCUAUGUGAGUGAAUGUUACGCUGAAUGACCUGCAAAUGAAUAUUAGAAAAUACCUCAAGACCUUCCUAUGCUGCUAAACAGACUGUCAGAUAAUGGACUCAGAAAUAAAUAAGCCAACACGUU